AUGUUUGUCUCUCUUACUCGGCAGACUCCUAAACUGCAGCAACCAUACGUCUGUACAUCAUGUCUCUCGAAACUUAUUGGAGCUUCAGAUGCUCUUCCUCUAUACUCGAAUGUAAUACGCCGCGCACCGCGAACGCCUAGAAAUGCCGCUGCAUUUUCGACAACUCGAGUCAAUUACAAAAAUGAUAAUGUAGGCUCUUCUUCACCGUCAAAAAAACAGAAGGUUAAAUCUUUUAUUAAAGGCGCAAGUGGCGAUAAGAAAAAGGGUGAUGCUGCUGCAAAGGAUCUAGGCGGAACGCUUGAGGAACUGGGAAAUUCUAUUGAGGCCGUGUUGAAGGCAAACAAAAAGUCGAAGCCAGACAAGAAGAGCCCGGCGAAGCAGGUGGAGAAGGGAGCGGAGGGCAAGCAGCAGGCUACCUUGACGAAGGAGGACGUAACCUUUGAGGAUGACAGCAAGGGGGACGUUAAGGAGGCCGGUUCAGAAUCAAAGACGAAGGGGAAAAAGAGUACGAAGAAGGCCAAAGCGAAAGCAAAAGCAAAAGCUGCCAACCAGAAGGGCAAAGAGGGGGACGAAGAAGAGUCCGAGGCUCGAAUCAGAAAGGUCAAACAAAAGCUUAUCAAUUAUGUCAAUUCCACCAAGUCCAAUUUAGUGAAGCGCAUUCCAGGCCCCACUGUCGACGGUAAAAAUCAGAACAAGAUUGCUCCUUCGCAACUGCAUUCCAUCUAUGAAUCCAUGGUAACUGAAAAGGGAGAGGCUGCCGCUAGAAAAGAACUCGUUAAUCUUAUUCAAAAGGGAGGUUUAACCACCACAGACCGAACUCAAGUCAUGAAAGAAUUACGUGCAUCACUUGUCAAUAGACCAAGGCCAAAGAAGGAUAGUACAAGUUCUGGAGAUGCGAGCUCAUCAAGUAAUCUGGCUGGAAUGCUGGCUUCAUUUGAGUCUAUUCCCAAAAGUCCUAUCAGGAGGCUUGUGGAUAAAAAGUUUGACUCCGAGAAACAGGAGAAAUCGAGCCGCAAGUCAGCAGUCUCGGCGAAAGGUCAAAACAUUAGGACAGGUCCAAUGAAGAAGUCGCCCGGCACAAUUGCGUUUGAAGUCAAGUCUGUUGACGCCGAUUCCCUCCAACUAGUACCGGUACAAAAGAAGCAACCUCCAGUACCUGGACUGUCCUAUGGACUUGAAAGAGCUCUGUUCAACCCCGGAGUAUAUCAUCUACAAGAUCCUCGUUCACGGGUGUUCAACUUUGAUCCUUACUUGCAACAAAUUAUGCCCGUAAGCGAAUUCGAUUUCACGGCAUUGAAACAAUAUGUCACCUCUUCAAGGGACAAAGCGUUGAUCGCGACCGCUAAAGAUGAAAAGAGAAAAUAUACAGGGUCGACGUCGAGUAUGUCGGCAUCUCUUGCCCACUUCCAUUUCUUGCUAUCCCAGUGGAGGCCUAUCAACACAAGUAUGCUCUCACAAGAAUUUCCCGUUGAAUUCAACUCCUUCACUGCGCUUCAGCGUGGUCCGUCGGCGGUGUUUUUAAGAGAGAGGGACGGAGUUUAUGCCAUUGAUGCUGACAAGCAAUAUGAUACUGCCAAUAUAUUGAGUAUGCUUGGAAAAUCGAUGGAAAAGCUUCUCACUCUACCCAAAGAAGAGUUUGAACAAUAUCGAAAAGAAAACUCGGCUUCAAUUACAGAAGAUCAGCGAAACGAGGUCGAAUCUUUCCAUUACACUACCAUGGGUGAUUUCCUUAUGCGAUCCCAACUUGAUGCACACGACCCUCGUCUCCCAGGGACCGGUAUGUUUGAUUUAAAGACUAGAGCCGUCAUUUCAAUCCGUAUGGAUAUUGAAAAUUACGCCGAGGGAAGUGGUUACGAGAUCUUUAGUCGCCAUGGAGAAUAUCAAUCCUUUGAACGAGAGUACUAUGAUAUGAUAAGAGCCGCAUUCUUAAAGUAUUCAUUACAAGUUAGAAUGGGUCGUAUGGAUGGCAUUUUCGUCGCAUAUCAUAAUGUUGAGCGAAUUUUUGGAUUCCAAUACAUUAGUUUACCAGAACUAGAUGACACUAUCCAUGGAACCACUGAUACUACCAUUGGAGACAGCGAGUUUAAACUUAGUGUCGACUUACUCAAUAAAGCCUUGGAUCGCGCAACGGCCAGAUUCCCAGGGAAAUCAUUACGUUUACACUUUGAAACUCGUGGUAAUGUGGAGACUCCAUUUAUGUACAUUUUUGCCGAACCUAUGGAAGAGGAAGAAAUUCAAAAAAUUCAAGAUACAAAUAAAGCGGAGAUUGAAGCAUUCGAAGCUCGUGUUCUUGGUUUGCAUGGUGCAAAAGGAACGGAGGAAGAACAGUUGGAAGAGAGAAAGAAUGCUGAAUGGGAAGACCUUCGUGCUAAGAUUGAAGAAAGUAUGGAGAAUGAUGAGUUUGAGAUCAAGAGUGCAAAGGAAAUUGCCGAGAGCCUACUUGAGCAUCAUGAUGUUGCUGGAUUGACAUUGGAUGAGGUGGAACAACGUGUGGAAGAGUUCCUAUCAACUUCAUCUUACAAUGAACAAGGCGAAGCUGAAGCCACAGGGCAAGGUGAGAAUGAAUUAUGGAAAGAAGAAGAGAACGUUGAUGCCGAUGAGGAGGGAGAUGAGAUUAUAGAUGGCAAUGAAGAAAUAGAGCAUGAUGAUGAUAUAGAAAAGACCACUGCAGAAGUGGAUGAAGAUGCAGAUGAAGAAAAUGAUGAAGAUGGCGGAGAGGAAGAGAAUGAAGAAGAAGAGGAAGAGGAUGAUGAAGAAGAGGAAGAAGAAGAUAACGAGGGGGAGGAGGCAGACGAGAGCGACGCUGAAAAAGAAAUCGAAGACUCAAAUGAUGAUGUAAAGACCAGCGACCUCACUGAAAUCUCCGUCGAGGAAACUGUCAUUCAAGAAGGUCUUCUCGUUGACCCAGCCGAAGAGACUUCGGAAGCCCAGCAAAGCAACGCUGAAUCAAUCGAAGCCGAGACAAACGAACCUGAACCUGUCGAAAACGAAGAUCUCUUGAUUGAUUCAGCCGAGGAAACUUCAGAAAUUCAACAAGAUAACGAUGAAUCAAUCGAAGCCGAAGCAAACGAACCUGAACUUGUCGAAAAUGGAGAUCUUUUGAUUGAUUCAGCUGAGGAAACUUUAGAUGCUGAACAAGAUACAGAUGGAUCGUUAGAUUCUCAAGCAAGCUCGACAGAGGAGUCUGAGACUUCAAAUGAGGCCGAUGAAAAAGACGACGACACAUCAAUGACGGACGUUGAAUCAAUUCUUCCCGAAGAAGUCCCUAAAGAGAUCUUAGCGAUGCAUCUUGCCAUCCGCAAUAAGGUCGACGGUGCAUACACAGUACGACCGGAAAAGCUGACGAAAGAUCAAAAGUGGACUGUCGAAUAUGCAUUAUCCGAGAUUCCCGAACAAGAAAAGGCUAUGAAUCUUUACAAAGCAUGUCAAACAAGAAGAAAGACAGCCUUGAGAAGAACAGAUGAACCUGAGAACAAAUGGGCCGAGCAAAGAAACGACAGGUUCAUUGCGCACUUGAAGCAUUUGGCAAAGAAUGGUAGGGCUUGGAGGCAGAGUAUCACGAAGGAGGAGGCAAAUGAGCCAGUUAAGACUUUGGAAUUUAGAGGGGAGCCAAAGGAAGUUGGGGUUUAUGAAGGACAUGAGGAGAUGAAGAGGGCGGCUGAGGAGAAAAUUGAGAUGGUGAAGGCGGUAGAGGAGACCAGUGAGGAAAAUAAAGAGUGA